CGUCAACACUUUGCAUUCAAUGGACUCGAUUUCAUCACGCUGCGCCUCUAUGCCCGCAACCCUCGGCGCAGCGGGAGAGAAGAGGUUAACCAACUAGGCGACAUUCCGUGGGUGGCCGCACACUGGAAGACCAACCCCCGUGUACCCCUGCCCCUCAGUUGGCAGUGGACCCGCGCCGAGGCUGCCACUGUCCUACAGAGUCACUGGCGUGGUUACCUGGCAAGACACUACGUAGAACCUGAAGAUGUUAAGAUUAAAAUAUCCUGA